AUGACGGUGCAGUUCGACUACGGUGACGUCUUCUUCAACGAGACUCUCUACGUGGCGGAUGCGGUGUCCUACCUCGGAUGCUCGGCCUCCACGUGCAGCAGCUCUUGUGACAGCAGCACGCCCUUCACCGGGACCACCUGCUACGAUAACCAGACCUGUCUCAACAUGACCCAGGGCUACGUGUACGACAAGGCGACCCUCACGGCGGGAGACAACAAGUUCUACGCCCUGACCUUCCCGCCGUGCUCCAACCUGAUCGUACUGGCCUUCCCCUCGUCGGGCAGCGUCGCGCUGUACAUGGGCCAAGACUCGGUGGUCUACCCGUCGGGCAGCGGCUACUACUGGGGCAGCAGCGCGGGCAACAGCCGGCCGGUCCCCAGGUCCUUCUGCUGCGGGCAGGGCAGUCCCAACUUCGACGCCAACCAGCCGCUCUUCAUCAACGUCUACGCCAACUCCAACGUCACCUACGAGCUCUUCAUCUACGACAUGAACGAGCUGCUUCCCGCCAAGUAUUUCUAUCGAUACAUCGACAUGACUGUCACCUGUGGAGACUCGGAAUGCUCGACGUGGAGCGACCCCUCCUGUACCAACACCGGCAUCACCCUUCCCUCCAACGAAACGGGCAUGCACUACCUGGCCAUGCGCGGCAAAGACCCGCUCCCGGGUGUUCAGUUUGAGAGCAACGAUGCACAGGUGUCGUUCUGGAGGCAAGUCGAAACGGUCUCGCCCCAUCAGCUGCUCGAGGCCUACGAGCCCUCGUUGGCAAACUGCAGCGUCUCCUUCGUCAACCUUGUCAACGCUGAUGGGGAGAGUGUGGCAGAGAGCGCGCCCUUGGAGCUGUACGAGCCUGAGUGCGACGAGAUUAAGUUCGAGGCAGCCGUAGCCGGUCUGCACAGUCUCAAUGCCCUCUACGACACUGCCACCAGCAACGACAACUUCUACCAGCUUCUCUUCUAUUCCAACGCCUUUGUUGCCACUGAUGGGUGGUUCGGCUGCAAGUCGUGGGUCGACCAAUCGUUUGUGCGGAAGAAGGCAACGUACAACACCACACAGAGCAGCAUCCGUUGCUCAUCGGUCGAUCCAGCGUUCAACGCCACCACCGACCCCUGCUGCAACAACCUUGGGCUGACCAAAGACUUCAUUGCGAUGGGCAGGCUGUUGUUUGAGGACAACUGCGUGGCACGGGAGAUCGACUACGCUGUGACCACCUGCGAAGCUGUGCAAGCGCGCGUUGAGGCAAUGUGCAGCUCGGAACCGGGCUGCAUGUACCUCUCCCUGGAAGACUAUGCUGCUUCGAUGGAGUUCGAAGACGACCCCACGCGCAACUGCGCCGCCAACAUCAUCGACGCCGGAGGGUUCCGAAGUCAGGAUCAUGGCGGGGACUGUGAAGCGCGAUUGCUGGGCACCUACUGCGACUCGGUCAUCGACUGCCCCAAAGGCCAAGCCUGCUCGGUGUUUCGCCGCUGCGCGAUUCCGUGCCAGGUGGACUCCGACUGCCCCACCAACUCUACAUGCCAGUGGGGCGGGGCGUGCUCCCAUGUGCCGCUCGAUGUGGCCGCACAGAAUGCCCUCCUCGCCGAGUGUGUUAUGGAGAAGAUGAGCGACGAGGAGAAGAACUACAUUCGCGCUCAGUGGGGCCUGACCGACGCGCAGUCAGAAGGCUUGGCUUUCUUCGACGUCUUCGUUGCCAACGUGACCGCACCGACCUGCAAGGGCGGACCGGAGAUCGACAUGUACUCGCGCACGGGACAUUGCGAAGGCUCGCCCAGCUGCAACUGGGCACCGGACUACUACUGCGAGUCCAACUGCGAGAACAAGACCUAUGCAACGACCCCCGCUGAACCGGACCACUUCUGCGGGCUGUGCUCUGCCGAGGAUCCCGAGUCCUGCUUCGAGGUGUCGCAAUACUGGGGUUGUUACAUGACGGGAGACAAGAACAUCAUCGACAACGGGAAAGGCUGUGAGUGGUUCAAGAUGCUCUUCUCUCCGGACGUAUACUCAACUGACCUGUCUGUGUCGUCUCAGAACUACAUCGACCAAGAGUGCGUCUUUGACAUGGGGCUGGUGACUUCAGCCCAUCUGUGUCUGACUUCAUCGUCCUACGGCACCGUCAACAAGUGGUUCUUGGGCGACUGUGAGUACGUCCGGCUGGAGGUCGAUUCCUACGGCCAGUCUCGUUACGUGUGCGAUAGCUACUGCCACCUGCACAGCACGGCCACGGCCAACUACGAGCUCCUGUGCAACCCCCAGGUCUGCGAGGACCUGUUUGGCGGCCCGUGGAACCCGGUGGCCCAGUCCUGUGUGCUGAAAUCCUACCAGAGCUAUUCCGAGUGCCUGUUCAGUCCCUACGGUUCCCUGCUCUAUUGGAACCACGAGUUCGCAUGGAACCUGCCUGCGCUCGACACGGCCAGCUCCUGCACCGCCGGGUCGUGCUUCCCGCACGGUCCUGGCAUCGAUCAAACCGACUGCGAGGCCGCAGGGGCAUGCGACGACGCCGAACUGACCAACCCGCUGCUGUACCGGAACGUGACCACCGGCGAUCCAUUCGACCCCAUCGAUGGAGUGUGCGUGUAUCCGUUCCAGCUGGAGGCCGACUCGUUCGGCGUCACGGUGUCGUGCCCCGAGUGGGCCAAGCAGGGCCGCGUGGGGUGUAUCGACUACCACGUGUACUCCGAAGCCGACUGUCUUGCCUCGGUCCCCAAGUACGGCACCCCGCGGUGGAUGCGGUCGGCCGCGACCCAGGGCGACUGUCUGGCCUACGGAAUGGGCUGUCUCGAGGAGACGUACACCUACGCCGAGAGCGUGAUGGGUAACCCCGGCACGGCCUUCCUGUCGCCCAAGAACGAGAGCGCCUGCUUGGCUGCCGGAGGCACUCCCACGCCCUACUACAACUGGCAUCAGGGCACCUGGUACUGCGCACGACAU